GAGAGAGAGAAAAAGAGAGAGAAACAGAGAGCUUUAGAGAGAGAGAGAGCAGAAAAAGAUAUAUAGAGAGAGAAAAAGAGUGAAACUUUAGAGAGAGAGAGAGAGAGAGAGAGAGCGGAGAGCUUUCUGUCUCAGUUUCAUACAUGACUGUAAACACUCUAUAACCCAAUAUAUAUAUGCAAUUAUAUCUAUAUAUAUAGAUGUCUUGUUGAGCUUACUUUAGCUUCUUUCAUGGCAGAUCUCUCUCCUUUCACCUAUAGAUUUUGAGUUGAUAUGGAUCCGAAGAGGAUGAAGGACUCGUCCGAGUCGACUCGUUUUUCGCCAUUUCCAGACGAAGUUCUCGAAGGAGUUCUCUCUCUUUUGAAGUCCCACAAAGAUCGAAGCUCAGUCUCUCUCGUCUGCAGAGACUGGUACAACGCCGAGCGAUGGACUCGAACCCACGUAUUCAUCGGCAACUGUUACUCUGUCUCUCCUGAGAUCGUCGCUCGUAGAUUCCCCAAGAUUCGAAGCGUAACCCUAAAAGGGAAACCUAGGUUUUCGGAUUUCAAUCUGGUUCCUGAGAAUUGGGGAGCUGAUAUUCAUCAAUGGCUCGUUGUUUUCGCUGAUUCGUACCCGUUUUUGGAGGAAUUGAGGUUGAAGAGGAUGACUGUGACCGAUGAGAGCUUGGAGUUCUUGGCGACUAGGUUCCCUAAUUUCAAAGCUCUUUCUCUUUUGAGCUGUGAUGGGUUUAGCACUACUGGCCUCUCAGCUAUUGCCACUCGUUGCAAGAACUUGACUGAACUUGACAUACAGGAGAAUGGCAUGGAGGAUAAUGGUGGAGGUUGGUUAAGUUGCUUUCCUGAAAGCUUCACAUCAUUAGAAGUACUGAACUUCUCCAGCCUGCACAGUGAUGUCAGUUUUGAUGCCCUUGAGAGACUUGUUGCUAGGUGCAAGUCAUUAAGUGUUUUGAAGGUCAAUAAGAAUGUCAACUUGAAACAAUUACAGAGGCUACUUGUACGGGCUCCUCAGUUGAUGGAGCUUGGUACUGGAAACUUUCAACAAGAACUUGCACCGCGCCAGUAUGUAGAGCUUGAAAGUGCAUUCAGCAACUGCAAAAAUCUGCACACCCUAUCAGGUUUAUGGGAAGCUACAGCCCUUUAUCUUCCUGUUCUUUACCCAGCUUGUGCGAGUCUGGCAUUCUUGAAUUUGAGUUAUUCAACUCUUCGAAGUGGUGAACUUGCCAAGCUUCUUGCUUACUGCCCAAAUCUAAGACGUCUCUGGGUUCUGGACACAGUAGAAGACAAGGGGCUGGAAGCUGUUGGGUCCAGCUGCCCCUUGCUUGAGGAACUCCGUGUCUUCCCUGCAAAUCCCUAUGACGAGGACAUGCACCAUGGUGUGACUGAGUCGGGUUUUAUUGCCGUGUCUCAUGGUUGUCGCAAACUCCACUAUGUCCUCUACUUUUGCCAGCAGAUGACUAAUGCUGCCGUGGUCACCAUAGUUCAGAACUGCCCAGAUUUCACCCACUUCCGACUCUGUAUAAUGAACCCACACCAGCCAGAUUACCUCACCAACGAACCUAUGGACGAGGCUUUUGGUGCAGUGGUAAAGACUUGUACUAAGCUUCAGAGGCUUGCUGUUUCAGGCCUCUUAACUGACUUGACAUUUGAGUAUAUUGGGAAGUAUGCGAAAAACCUAGAGACCCUUUCGGUGGCUUUUGCUGGCAACAGUGAUUGGGGGAUGCAAAGUGUUCUACGAGGUUGUCCGAAGCUCAGGAAGCUUGAGAUAAGAGACAGUCCAUUUGGGAAUGGAGCUCUUCUUUCGGGUUUGAAGAAGUAUGAAUCAAUGCGGUCUCUCUGGAUGUCAGCGUGCAAGGUGACUAUGAAUGGGUGUAGAUUACUGGCAAAUGAGAUGCCGAGGUUAAAUGUUGAGGUAAUGAAAGAUGAUGAGAGUGAUGACAGCCAGGCUGAUAAAGUUUAUGUCUACCGUUCUGUAGCAGGGCCAAGAAGGGAUGCUCCACCUUUUGUUCUCACUCUCUAAAGUUUCAUAUCUUGAUUAUGUAGUCGACAGUGGACCCACCCCAUUUAGAUUUGGGUUGUGAUUCGAACAAUUGAACAGAAAUUAAAGGUGGGGGAAAAAAAAAGUGUCUGUGAAACUGAAACUUGUCUUUCAACUGCUGCUUGCUCUUCUUUACAUGCUGAUCCAAGGGAAAUAAAUAAGGAAGCAAGAGAGAUGAAAGAAAGAAAGCUUAUACCUUUGCAGUCUCCGGGCUGAGACAAGUUUGCGCCUUGGCUGCUGGAUUAACUGCAUUCCUGAAAAGCAAAACCUAAACCUGCAAUUUCCAAAGCAGGCAGUUAAGAUCUUGCAUGAAAUACUUGCCCAUGUGAAGCCGAGGUGAAUUCCAAUUUGAAGUUGUACACACAAGUCAAAGAGUAGCUCAAAUUAUUUCAUGAUGUGGACUUGAAUAAGUGGCGUCUCUGAUGAUGGAAGGCAUCAAGAACCUUUGUUGGCGAGGGAGGUCCUUUUGGUUGCAUUAUUUGAAGAUGUCACAUGUCAAUGAUCGCUUUGUGUUCUGCCAUUGUGAAAAGGAGUGAACAAGAUUAAAGAGGAAAAAGCAGUUUCAAGUUGAAAUGGUUGUUCAAGAUACGAAUGGCGAUGAACUGGAGGGAUAAGAUCAUGGUCAAGUGGUGCGGUUGAAGAAUUUCCAGGGGAGCGUCAACAUCAGAAACAAAUGAUUUAUUUGCAAGUAUGAUGGGUCUCCAGAUCGAAGCGUGAUCAGUGGUGUUCUUCGAUCAGUGGUGUUCCUAGAGUUCAUCAAGAUGAAGCUGGGAUAACAGAUAAAAGACUACAUUAUCUUCAAAAUAUGUGGAAUGUUGUUUAUCAUUUGUAUGACUAUUUAUCAUUCAAUCUGUUUUGUGGUGGCUGUUUUUGGGCAGUUGAUUGGUUAUAUGUUCUGUUUUCAUACACGAAUGCAUUAUCAGGAAUUUAAGUUUUUCCUCUGGGUUUCUAUGGCUGAAAAUACUUAACAUGCUUUGGUA